GCGUGUAUAUAUUGUGACUUUCUUCUGUGUGUGACUUUUCUUGUCUAUUUCAGAAAUGAGGGUUCAUUAACAUCAACUUUAAGAACACUUCUAUUCUUCACAGCUCUAAUGAUUACAUUACCUGUUGGGCUGUAUUUUUCAUCAAAGGCUUAUAUAUUUGAAGGUACCUUAGGAAUGUCCGACAGAGACAGCUAUUUUUAUGCUGCCAUAGUUGCUGUAGUUACUGUUCAUGUGGUACUUGCGCUCUUCGUAUAUGUAGCGUGGAAUGAGGGUUCCCGGCAGUGGCGGGAAGGCAAACAGGACUAGAACGAAGAUCAUCGUCAUCUGAUGCCUACAGACUGUAAAUCAAAUUUUUGUGAGCUGAAGGAAAAGCGUUCUUCCAAAUGUAUAAUACACAUAUACAAAGAUGAGGCUAAUGCCUCACCUCUGGUUAGAAUAAGACUUGUGCUCGUUUUGAAUGUGUACCAGUGUUUUCUCUAACGCUGAUGGAAGUUGUUCUUUAGCCUCUACUCAACUACUAGGUUGAGCUGAGGAGGUCUUCACCUGGAAUUAGAAUGAAAUAAUUAUGUAUUUUUUUAAAAAAUCCUGUAGCUAUAUAUGCCAUUCCUAGUAUUUUUGUGGCUUCCUCUGAAAAUAAUAUUGGCAUGAAGCAAGCAUUGCAUUUUUGAGUAAUUAAAUUGCUAGUUAAAAAAGCUACGUCACUCACUAUCCAGCUACAGUGGAAAAGAUGGAAUUGCAGUGUGCCGUGGAUAUUUCCUGAUUUAUGGGUGUUGUGGUUUAA